CCACUCCGAGCUGCAGGGGGUUUAAGGCUGCCCUAAAUUGAGAAAGUUUUGAUUUGUUUUUUUAAUUCGAUUAUAGCCAAUCUUUCUGUUUGGCUUUGGCAGAUCGGUUCCCAAGGCCCAAACCGUUGUCUAUCUCUCUAUCUAUCACCCUCGCAGAGACUGUCCUACAGAACAGAAGCGCAUACAAAAACAGGGACUAGGGUUUUGCAGAACGCCGCAUUUCUUUCGAUCUCGCCAUGCCUACUGUUAGCGUUGGAAGAGAUCGUCUCUUCGAAGCCCUAGGCUGUACAUACACACAAGAAGAAUUCGAAGAUUUGUGCUUCAAAUUCGGUAUUGAGCUCGAUGAUGUGACAACAGAGAAAGCAAUUAUCAGUAAAGAGAGGCACUUGGAAGAAGAAGUAACUGAAGAUGAUGAAAUUAUCUACAAAAUCGAGGUUGCAGCUAAUAGAUAUGAUUUGCUUUGCUUGGAAGGGCUUGCUCAAUCUCUGCGCAUAUUUAUUGGGCUCGAUCCAAUUCCUUCUUAUACAGUGGCAAAUAUUAGGAGUGAAUCCAUGCUUAAAAUGCAUGUCAAACCGGAGACAUCUUUGAUUCGGCCUUUUGUUGUUUGUGCUGUUUUAAGAGGUGUAACUUUUGAUGAAGCAAGAUAUAACAGCUUCAUAGAUCUUCAAGAUAGGCUUCAUCAAAAUAUAUGCAGGCGAAGAGCCCUGGUUGCAAUUGGAACUCAUGACUUGGAUACAAUAGAAGGUCCUUUCACAUAUGAGGCUCUGCCACCAUCAGACAUAAACUUUGUGCCACUGAAACAGGUGAAAAACUUCAGGGCUGAUAAGCUGAUGGAGUUUUACAAAUCAGAUUUGAAGCUGAAGAAGUUCCUGCACAUAAUUGAGAAUUCACCAGUGUAUCCUGUUUUGUAUGAUCGCAACAGAACUGUUCUGUCAUUGCCUCCAAUCAUCAACGGUGCUCAUUCUGCCAUUACUUUGAAGACAAAGAAUAUUUUCAUUGAAUGCACAGCCACUGAUUUGACAAAGGCUAAGAUUGUUUUAAACACAAUGGUAACUAUGUUUUCAGUGUACUGCGAAAGAAAGUUUGAGGUUGAACCAGUUGAAGUAAUUUAUUCUGAUGGGAAAUCUAGUGUUUGCCCUGAUUUAUCACUCUACCAUAUGGAAGUGCCUCUAUCUUACGUCACUGAAAUAGUCGGAGUUCCCUUGGAUGCAAAUGAGGUUGCUGGUUUGUUGAAUAAAAUGCAAUUGCAUGCCAAGAAGUCUGACUCAGGAGACAAACGGUCCACUUUCAUUGUUUCUGUACCUCCUACCAGAAGUGAUAUUCUUCAUCCGUGUGAUGUUGCUGAGGAUGUUGCUAUUGCUUUUGGCUAUAAUGAAAUUCCAAAGAGGAUACCUGCAUCUCUGAAGCCUUUGCCUUUGAACCAGUUUAGUGAUCUCAUUAGAUCAGAGAUUGCAAUGAGCGGGUUUACAGAGGUUUUAACAUGGGUGCUCUGCUCUUACAAAGAAAAUUUCUCCAUGCGAUGACGUAAGGAUGACAAAUCAACUGCAGUGAUCAUUGGAAAUCCCCGUUCCUCUGAUUUUGAGGUUGUACGGACCAGUCUUAUGCCUGGUGUAUUGAAAACCGUGGGGCACAAUAAAGAUCAUCCAAAGCCCAUAAAGAUAUUUGAAGUGGGUGAUAUAACCCUGUUGGAUGAGACAAAAGAUGUUGGUGCCACAAAUCGUCGCCAACUUGCUGCUUUGUAUUGUGGUUCUAACUCAGGAUUUGAGCUUAUUCACGGCCUGGUCGACAGAAUCAUGGAAGUAAUUGGGACACCAUUUGUAAAACCUGGGGAUAAUGCAGGCUACUAUAUUGAACGUGCAGAUGAAUCUGAGUUUCUUCCUGGUAGACAAGCUAGAAUUAUUUUCAAAGGGAAGUGCAUAGGUGCUUUUGGUAUUGUGCAUCCAGAGGUGCUGAACAACUUUGGUAUUCCUGAUCCAUGCUCCUUUGUGGAACUUAACAUCGAGAGUUUCUUGUAGGGGUCAGUCUCAUUAUAUCAAAUGUACAUUGGACGAGUGGUACUUCCACAUAUGGGUUCUUUUUGAUUGGAUUUGCAGAGAAGUACAUCUGUCAGAAAGAAAUUUGUUGGCCCUCAUGUUAGCAAAUACUCACAAACCUAUAUUUCUAGGUUAUUAAGCCAAAAUCAAAGGCAAUAGUCAAAUUUUUGUACCCAGGACUUAAAUCUCAUUAGAAAGCUUAACAUUGAGGAUCUUUGAUGAACGUUUUCCAUUUUUUUUGUGUUAUUUCAUUGAGAGAGAUAUGAUCACUAAUUAAUAACAAUGAGUAUACCCAUCUGCAAAUGACAUUCAAAUGUUCUUCGAAGGGCAUUAAUCUGCUGCUUCAUAGAUUACUCUUGAAGAA